AUGACUGGUAAUCCUAGAGCAUGUGCUGUUACUUCUGCUGUGUUAAAGGAGAUAUAUAAUAAUCCUAAUAUUAGACAGAAUAUUGUGGAUAUGGGUAAGUAUGCUGUUGAUCAAUAUAAAAGGUUACAGGAUAAGUUCCCACAUGCUGUUACUAAUAUAUUUAGUAAGUAUUGA